CUCAACAUAAUAUUAUCGAAGUAUUAAAACAUUUAAUGCCAAAGUUAAACAAUUCAAUAAAUAAUGAACUUCACAGCGUAACAAUAAUUGAAAAGAAUCAUAGUAAAAACCAUUCAAUAUCAGAAACUAAGAACAUAUCAACUCUAGUUCUUAAAUACUGUAACAAAGGUAACAUAAAUAAUGAGAAUUCAACUGAUAAAACAAAAUUAACAGAUGAAGACGAUGAAGAUUAUGCAAAUAAAGAAUUACCAAUUAUAGAUCAAGAUACGAUUGAAGAUGAAUAUGAUUUAGAUUCAGAAUUUAAUGACAAACAAGUGGCCAGUGAUACAUCGAUAAAUAAAAACAAAGAUGUGUUGGAAGCUGCUGAAUAUGGAAUGCAGAAGAUGCACGAAUUGUACAGCGUUUUAGAGCCGAAGUUAUAUUCUAUGGGCUUGUGGUUAGACGACACCAAUCCAGCUCGCUACGUGGCAGCUUUCAAUGCACCUUCAGAUGACUCCACCAGAUACUCUCGCUACGGCUACGCGACUCUACAAGCCGCCACUAAACUGAAGGAACUUAACAGAGGCGAUCCUGAUGGCGAUGGCGAGGACAGCGCGGGGGCGGAGAGCAGGACGGAAGCGGGGAUGUUCCCCGCAGCAAGCGCGCUGCGCCAGUCCGCGCUGCUCGACCAGUGCCCGCUGCGCACCGUGCCCAAGUGCCCGCCGGCCUCCAAACGGUACCGCACGCACGAUGGUACAUGCAAUAACCUGAGUCGUCCACGCUGGGGCUCCACCAUGACGCCCGUGCAGCGCUUCCUACAACCCUCCUAUUCCGACGGCAUCCAGGCCCCGCGCCGCUCCGUCUUCGGCAGCAAGCUACCCUCUGCCCGGGAGAUAAGCUCGCUGGUGCACGAAGACCAGAACGUGGAAAACCACGGUAUCACACAUCUCCUCAUGCAAUGGGGACAGUUUCUGGAUCACGAUGUGACGUCCUCUUCUCAAUCCCGAGGAUUCAACGGAUCCGUGCCGAGGUGCUGCAAAGAUGGUGGAAGGGAUUUUAUGCCUAAAGAACUAAUGCAUCCGGAAUGUCUGCCGAUCGCGGUGCCGUCUUCUGACCCAUUCUACGGUCCGCGCGGCGUGCGCUGCCUGGACUUCGUGCGCUCCUCUCCGGCGCCGCGCGACGACUGCGCGCUCGGGUGGCGCGACCAGCUCAACCAGGUCUCCGCCUACAUCGACGGCUCUCCUCUAUACGCCAGUUCAGCCAGGCAGUCUGAUAAACUCAGGCUGUUUAGGAACGGCAUGCUACAGUACGGGCGCGUGCAGCAGCGGCGGCCGGUGCUGCCCCCGGAGCGGAGAGACGAGCUGUGUCGCGGCGGUGCACUCUCCAGCGACUGCUUCCGCUCCGGAGAUGCGCGCGUCAACGAGCAUCCCGGCCUCGUCGCCGCACACAUCGUCUGGCUCCGACAGCACAACCGGAUGGCGCAAGAGCUGGCGCAUUUGAACCCGCACUGGAGCGAUGAGAAGAUCUACCAGGAGACGCGCAAGAUCGUCGGCGCCAUGCUGCAGCACAUCACAUACCGAGAGUUCCUGCCCGUUGUUUUAGGAUCAGAAGUGAUGCGUCUCUUCGAGCUGGAUCUUGUGAAGAAGGGUUACUUCAAAGAGUACAACCCCAAGAUCAACCCCAACCCGGCGAGCUCGUUCGGUUCCGCCGCGUUCCGCUUCGGACAUAGCCUCGUGCAGCCUUCUAUGGUCAGGUUCGACAGGUUCCACAGACCCAUGGGCAACAAUGUAUCUCUACACAAUGAAAUAACUAACCCAUCAAACAUCUGGAGCAUGGGCGCGGUGGACCGCUUGCUCAUCGGCAUGAUCAACCAGCCCAUACAGAAGCGGGACGAGUUCAUCACGGAGGAAUUAACUAACCAUCUGUUCCAAACGCCUCACUUCGACUUCGGCAUGGACUUGGCUGCGAUAAAUAUACAAAGAGGGAGGGACCACGGAGUACCGCCUUACACCUCGUGGAGAGAACCCUGUGGACUGUCAACUAUCACCGACUUCGAAGACUUGGCCAGGGUAAUGCCAAAGAGAGUCGUCAGGAAACUUAAGAACUUGUACAGACAUGUUAAUGAUAUAGACCUGUUCACUGGAGGUAUGGCAGAAAGACCUGUAAUCGGCGGCCUAGUGGGGCCAACUUUUGCUUGUAUUAUCGCACAACAGUUCUCAAAUAUGCGAAAAGGCGAUCGAUUUUGGUAUGAGAACGGAGGUUUCGAAUCUUCUUUAACGCCGGCGCAAUUACAACAAAUCCGUCGAAUAUCCUUAGCCCAAAUACUCUGUCGUACCCUCGACACUAUCGACAGUAUACAACCAUUCGCUUUCCUUUCACCUGACAACCCCGACAAUCAAAGAAUUUCUUGUCAAAACGGACUGUUAAAUAACUUCGACUUAUCACCUUGGAUCGAAAUAAACUCUGACUCUAAUAACGACAUUAAAAAAUCUGACAAUGACCCUUCUAAUUUAAAACCUAAUACAAAACCAACCACCACGAAUAGACCGACUACUAAAAAGAGCCAAAAACUCACUUCUACUGUUAAUAAAACACCACAGAAUCGACCUGUUAACCAAACGACUAGACCACAUAAAGUUAGUCAUAAACUUAAUGACACUGACAUGACAAAGAAUGAUACAGACAAACAAACUGCAAGUACUACAACAAAACCUAAGACGACAGUACAGACCAUUGACGACAAACUUGACUUUAAAAACAAAAGUAGACGUUACACUGACUUCGAAAGUAUUAUAACAAGACAUCGCGCACCGACUCGCUACUACAACAACUACAAUGACUACGACGACAACGUGCAAAGCGUGCAAUCACUACUCGUUAACAAUUUACAACAGAAACGACCAUAUAACAGCAGACCCGUAAUAACUGUGACUGAAAACGUAGACAAAUAUACUUACUUAAUCAACUAUGUACCGAGACCCACACAGUCCUGGAGACAGACCACGAGGAAGACACAUGACAGAGACGUAGUAAAAGUUACAUAUCAGACUUACGACGACACGUACGACCGACGACCGAACAGACCGUAUUACUAUGACAGUAGACGACCGAACAAACCUUACUACAACAGACACGACUCUGAAGACGACAUUGACUCCUACAGACGAGACAGUUCCGACACAAAACUGACAUAUAACUUCAAUUCAUCAGCUAGAUCUACUGACAAAGACUUAAAUAAAACUAAACUUAAUACGACUAUGGACAAAAAUGACAAAAUCGACACUACCACUGAAAACCAAUACAAAUUGACGACUUUUAGCUACGUAGGUACUUACAGAGGUGACAAUACUGACAAAACGACUAAACUAGAGAAAACCGACGCAGUAGACCAAACUAAUGACAAACAUGACAGUGUGAGCAAAGACUUUACAACAUUUGAAGCCAAAGAUAAAGAUCCCGGGAGGGGUCCAGAUGACAUGACUAAUACUGACAAAAUAUCAACAUUCUAUCUUUAUGAAACUGCAACAAAACCUUACAACUUGAACAGACCGACGAGACGUAACGACGAAGAAAAAAUCGACAUGAGAAACAAAAACAAAUAUUAUUACGUUAGAAAUGUUUUACACAAAUAUCCCGACACAGAUUCAAAUAUAGCCAAAAGAAACACAGCAACAAACGAAGGUAUCGUGAAGGAAAACUACAACAGUCCCGGAGUUCCCGACUUUGAUAUAGAGGAAAGAUCUGCUGCAGACAAAGUUACAUCUAUAGCUGCGACGGAAUCCAAAGCGAUGCAUGCGGACAAAUCCAAAAUGAAAAUACAAAAACCUUCAAGUCCUCCGAAAACGCCUUCAGUAGCAUUUCAAGUAACACCAAGUGAAAACAGUCCAUCACAGUGGGCAAUUUAUGAAGAGAAUGCCGACUUACCUGAAGGUCUACCGCAACGGAUGCCUUCACUCAAGAUCGACCCUCACGCAUUAAGAGAAAUACCAAGACCAAUGAACCUCUCGCGUCCAGUGCGGCGCCGUCCUGGAGGAAGAUUAUAGGGGAAAAAAUUAAAUUUGGUGCUUGCUUUAAUUUAACGCGAUGCCUUUAAUAGAAUCAAAUUAACUGUUAAAGACGCCGCGUUGAUAUGUUACAUUUAGAUAAAAUUUGUUCUGAACUAGGAUUAAAUCCUUCCAACAAAACUAUGACUGACUUGACUGUAGACGACUGGACUGGACUGAAAUCACAUGACAUGACAACUUGAUAAACUUUGACAAAUCAUGACAACAGUUGAUUUUGAUGACAUGACAUGACAAGAGUUAUAAACUCGUAAUGUAUUCAAAUAUUUUACACUUAUUUAUUUUAAUUGGUGUGGACAAAUAUAACAAUUUCUAUCCGUGUUUAAUAACAUUUUUAAAUAAUCGAAGGUGAAUUUAACCUGAAUAACUACCACAUUUGUACCAUACGAGCUUGAGAUAAAAUCAUACAGGUAUGAACUGGAAAGAGCGAGACAACAAAGAAUUUUCAAUAAUCGAUAAAGGCAGCGUUAGCUGCGUCAUAGUCUCAACUCAUCCGUAUGUAAACAUGAAUUGUCUAACAUAGUUGGUACAAACGAUAUUACAGUUUACAUAAUGAUUAUAUUAUCUUUGGCGCCAACUUAUAUACCUUGCUGCACGCUUUUUUGCACAAGCAGUUUCAUAGUGUAAUUUAAUGAUAAUUUGACGAACGCCUAAAAACAGACGAUUGACUGACGGACAACAUUAACAACACUUAUUAUUUAACUAUACCUAACAGAUUGUUGACUGAGAUUAGAUUUGACUUGACUAUUUGACUGUUGACAUACAUGCUAUUUUGACAUAGGGAAAUAAAAGACGGAAAUAUUUGACACAGACUUUAUUAAAUAGAUUGUCGUUUACAUUGACUGAAUAUGACACCGCUAAGGUAACUACUACAUAAUACUUGAAUUAUAAGUUAUAUGAAUAAGUUAUUGAAAAUUAAGUAAGACAUUAAUUUCACAAGCUUUGUUACCCAUCAGGUUCAAAUAGAUGAAAUUUUCGUUAAAUAUUCAAAUACAAAAGCUGUGAAUAAAAAGUAAGAAU